AACAAGACCCAACCUCUUCAACUCAAAACAACAGACUUAAAACGAUGGAAGCUAUCUCUCAAAGCUGCACAAAGAUCAUCAUCAACCCAUCUCCGAGAACUCAUAAAACACUAGUUUCGACUUCGGCAAUCUCACAAACCAAGCUGAGCCUUACAGCCAAGAAGGGGAGGUGGUCUGAUGCAGCUAGAUGCGUGGCUUCAGGGUCGAGCUAUGCGGCGGCAAUGGAGCCAAUUACGCCGGAGGAAGAGGAGGAGCUGACUCAAAGAAGAGGGAUAUGUGGGGGAGAAGCAAACAGAGGAGUAUGGGAACUCUUGGAGUGCCUCGAGAAAGAAGCUAUCAUGGGGGACGAUGAUGGUAGAGACCCUACGGAUUACAAUAGAAGAGCAAAGAUUUUCGACAAGAGUUCUAAGAUCUUCAAGAACUUUAAAGAAGAGAGAGAUCAGUAUCCUGUAGAGUACCUUGAGAAGGAAGCUAUCAUGGGGUCAGAUGAUGGGAGAGACCCUACAGAUUACAAUAGAAGAGCAAAGAUUUUCGACAAAAGUUCUAAUAUCUUCAAAAACUUUAAAGAAGAGAGAGAUCAGUCUCCUGUAGAGUACCUUGAGAAGGAAGCUAUCAUGGGGUCAGAUGAUGGUAGAGACCCUACAGAUUACAAGAGAAGAGCAAAGAUUUUUGACAAGAGUUCUAAGAUCUUCAAGAACAUCAAAGAACAGAGAGAUCAAUCUCUAGAAUAAAUAAAUAUAGAAAACUGUAGUUUGUUUGUAAUGAUCUCUCAUUAGUGUUUGAUUCCUUGUACUGUUGUACCUGUACUUUUUUUUGUCAAGGAUCCUCUCAUUGUAACACGAUCUUCUUAAUAAUGGACAUUUCUUUUGAAUA